AUGUCGGAGCUUUGGGGCUGCGCGGAGGCCGGACCCUGGAGGGCCGCGCUGGGAGCCUACGGGGAGGCCGUCCGGGCCCGGGCCACCAACAGGCCCAACCUGGAGGCCCUCGACCGGUGGUACCAAGAGGAGCUGCCGGCGGCAAUUGCGGGGCGGAGGGAGAAGCACCUAACGCGGGAUGAGCUGGUGAGGCUGAUGGCCUGGAAACUGGCGAGGGGUAAGUUCCGCCCCCGCCUGCAGCAGCUGGUGGCCGCCAACCCCAGUGAGACGGUGGAGCGGAGCACCAGGGCGGCCUUCGGCCUCCUGCCCAACGUAGAGGCCGCGAUCGCCGAACUGAGCAAGCUGAGAGCCGUGGGGCCGGCCACCGCCUCGGCCAUCCUGGCGGCCGGCGCUCCGGAUUCCGUGGCCUUCAUGGCCGACGAGGCGGUGGCGGCCGUGCCCGGCCUCCUCCCGAUCCGGUACACCCUCCGGCACUACACCCGCUACCUGGGCGAGAUCCGGGCCCAAGCUGAGAGGCUGAACCGAGUUGAUGCUGAGGCCGACUGGACUCCUCACCGGGUAGAGAUGAGCCUCUGGGCCUGGACCGUGGCCCGGGCCGAACGCCCCGACCUCCUGGCACCCCUCCCACCCGGUGGGACCCCGCCGGGCGGGGACGCGGGGGACAGAGAAGCCGGCCGGACCAAGAGACGCAAAACCAGCGCCAGUUGAGAGCCCCGGACGGGAAAUGCCCUUCCACCCCCGUCCCCGCAGCCGCCGAGAAGGAAGCCCCCUCGCCCCCUUCGCCAGUUGGCAGAGGUGGCAAUCGGGUGGGACGGGCUGCUUGCUCGGCCACACGCCUCAUCGAGUGCCGCCGACCCCCCACCCCCUUCCUGGAGGGAGCCCGACUCCUCUGGGAGCGAGUCGCCCGACUGGGGUUGGUCUGGGGCAUCAGGCUGCCCAGGCCCCAGGAUUAAAUACCUUCCGCCGACAGCUCCAAGGGAGGGGAAGAUGUAACCGCGAGUCAGUAAAGCCUCCCGUGAGCCCACUGACGGAGUGUGAGGGGGCUCCCCUGGAACCCCCAGAGAAAUCCUAGGAAAGUCUCUGUUGGAAAUAAGUGGCGAUUCGCCUUGGGCUCCUUCCAAAAAAACAGUUCUUCCUUAUGCUCGUGUGUGGUGUGUACCGGGUGUCGGGCCGUGCGUGGAACGUGUGCCGGGUGU